GCCCUUCCUCUCCGGAGUUUCCAAGUUCUCCUAUCAUAAAGUCAACAGUGUAACUUCCAGAAUUGCUUAAACGCUCCUAUUUCCUUUUGACGGAAAUGCGUUGCAAACUGUAUUUCCGUUAGAACUGUACACUUUCUUUCACUAUCACGAUGUGGCUGCCUUGCGGAUGCACCUCAAAGUCGGUCGCUACUUUCUUCAGUCGUCGGGUCUUCAGAUCUUAUUUCCAUGUCUGGGGUCGAAGGAGGUGUAACGUCACGGCGUUUAUGCCGGAGGCUGCCGGGUUUGACGGCGUGUCGGACCGCGCAGCUCUGCAGGACUUCUCGGUGUCCAACAGUGAGAGCUUCUGGGCCGCUGUGGCGCGUCAGAGGCUGACCUGGAUCACACCUUUCACCACGGUCCAAGACUGUGAUCUGAGCCGGGGGAAGAUCAAGUGGUUUGGGGGAGGAAAGCUGAAUGUGUCCGUUAACUGUCUGGACCGCCAUGUGCACACCUGUCCUGAGAGAGUGGCUCUGAUCUGGGAGAGAGAUGAACCAGGGUCAGAGGUCAAAGUCACCUACAGUGAGUUACUGGAGAUGACAUGUCGCCUGGGCAACCUGUUGAGGCGGCGUGGUGUCAAGAAGGGGGACUGCGUCACCAUCUACAUGCCCUCCUGCCCCCUGGCUGUGGCGUCCAUGCUGGCCUGUGCCCGGAUUGGUGCCGCACACAACGUGGUGUUCGCAGGAUUCAGUGCUGAGGCCCUCGCAGGGCGAAUCAGAGAUGCGGAAUCAAACACGGUCAUCACGGUGAACCAGGGUGUCAGAGGGGGCAAGAUCACCGAGCUGAAGAGGACGGUGGACUCCGCUGUUGAGAACUGCCCGAAAGUGCAGCAGGUGUUUGUUGCUAUGAGAACAGAGAAUCCCGUCGCCAUGACAGCCCGGGACGUCCCCAUGGAGGAGGAGAUGAUGAAAGAGGACGUGGUUUGCGAGCCAGCUGUGAUGGACAGUGAAGACAUCCUGUUCAUGCUUUACACAUCAGGCAGCACAGGCAAACCGAAAGGACUGGUUCACACUCAGGCUGGAUACCUGCUGUAUGCUGCACUCACACACCGGUAUGUCUUUAGUUACCAUGACGACGAUGUGUUCGGCUGUGUGGCAGACAUCGGGUGGAUAACAGGACACAGUUACAGCGUCUACGGACCGCUAGCUAACGGGGGAACCACUGUUCUGUUUGAGAGCACUCCCGUUUAUCCUGACCCAGGAAGGUACUGGGAGACGGUUCAGAGACUGAAGAUAAACCAGUUUUACGGAGCUCCCACAGCGAUCCGCCUGCUGCUCAAGUAUGGAGAUGAGUGGGUGCAAAAGUACGAUCGCUCCUCGCUCAAAACUCUCGGCUCUGUGGGUGAGCCAAUCAACACUGAAGCGUGGGAGUGGUACCACAGAGUGGUGGGGGACGGAGGCUGCCCUGUUGUGGACACCUGGUGGCAAACUGAAACAGGUGGCAUCUGUAUCACCCCAAAGCCAUGUGACCCAGACGCAGAGAUCAUCCCUGGCAUGGCUAUGAGACCUUUUUUUGGCAUUAAGCCCGUGCUCAUGGACACUGAGGGGAAAGUUCUGACCUCUAACAACACAACUGGAGCUCUGUGUAUUGCUCAGCCUUGGCCUGGUAUGGCCCGAACCAUUCACAACGACCACCAGAGAUUCAUUGAGACCUACUGUCAGCCUCAUCCUGGUUACUUUUUCACUGGUGAUGGCGCCUAUCGCUCAAAGGAGGGCUAUUACCAGAUCACUGGCCGCCUUGAUGAUGUCAUCAAUGUGAGCGGUCACAGGAUUGGAACAGCAGAGAUAGAGGAUGUGGUGAAUCAGUGCUCUGCUGUGGCCGAGUCUGCUGUUAUAGGAUACUCGCAUGACAUCAAAGGAGAAAGUGUUUACGCCUUUGUGGUGUUAAAAAAGGUUGUGGAUGUUGAAGAGGCGGAUCUUUCCAAGCAGCUAAAACACAUGGUAUCUAAAAAGAUCGCCAAAUAUGCCUGCCCAGACUACAUCCAGUUUGUGCAGCGCCUGCCAAAGACACGCUCAGGUAAGAUAAUGCGCCGGGUGCUGCGGAAAGUGGUGGAGCGAGACCUGAACGGGUUGGGUGACCUCAGCACCCUGGAUGAUCCUGCAGCAGUCGAAGAGAUCAUUCAGGGUCACUGUGAACUCUGUGGUUAACACUGUGAUGUGUUUUCUAUAAACAUUUUCAAAUUAAGAGAAAUAUCAGCGUAAUGAAUGAUUACACAGUAUUCUCUCUAGUUCGGUAAGGCAGACAUGUGCCAUUGUAUAAAAAAACAUUUAACUAACAGUUAUUGUUUGUUUUUAAUUGUACAUAAGAAUGCUUUUUAUAAAAACCAAGUGAAGAUUUUUUUUUUUAACUUUGUAUAACCUACAGAUGUAUCGUGCUUUUAAAAGGAUUUACAAAAAGAUGAGAAAGUGUGUUUUUAAUACAAAAUUAGAAUCAUUUUACCCAAAGUAGUGAUUGUAAACAUACACAAAAAUAAUCUCAUAAAUAAACAAUAAGAUUUACAAAAA